AUGCCGUACAACAUUGCUCUGGUCAGCGACUACUUCUUCCCUCAACCUGGGGGCAUCGAAAGUCACAUUUACCAGCUCUCCACGAAGCUCAUUGAUCGUGGGCACAAGGUUAUCAUCAUCACCCACGCAUACGAAGGACGGACUGGUGUGCGGUACCUCACCAACGGCCUCAAGGUUUACCACGUCCCCUUCCUCGUCAUGUAUCGUGCCACCACGUUCCCUACCGUCUUCUCCUUCUUCCCGAUCUUCCGAAAUAUUAUUAUACGAGAACAGAUCGAGAUUGUCCACGGCCAUGCCAGUCUUAGCAGCCUCUGCCACGAGGCCAUCUUGCACGCAAGGACAAUGGGUCUCAGAACCGUCUUUACAGAUCAUUCGUUGUUUGGCUUUGCAGAUGCAGCCAGCAUCCUGACGAACAAACUCCUCAAAUUUACCUUGAGCGACGUCGAUCAUGUCAUCUGCGUCAGCCACACUUGCAAGGAGAAUACCGUCCUCCGCGCUUCCCUCGACCCCCUAAUGGUGUCUGUCAUCCCAAAUGCCGUCGUGGCAGAGAACUUCCGGCCACUCUCACACGCCGCAUACCCCACGGAAUUCGGUAGCCACCCCUUGCCGCAACAUCUCGGCCCCCAUGAUACCAUCACGAUCGUGGUGGUAUCGCGGCUAUUCUACAACAAGGGGACCGAUCUGCUGGUUGCUGCCAUCCCGCGAAUCCUAGCGAGUCAUCCGAAUGUACGCUUUAUAAUUGCUGGAUCCGGCCCCAAAGCCAUCGACCUAGAGCAGAUGCUGGAAAGAAAUGUCUUGCAGGAUCGGGUCGAGAUGUUAGGUCCUGUUCGGCACGAGGAGGUUCGGGACGUGAUGGUUCGGGGACACAUCUAUCUCCAUCCCAGCUUGACCGAGGCCUUUGGCACCGUCAUCGUCGAGGCGGCAAGCUGUGGCUUAUACGUGGUUUGCACUCAGGUUGGAGGCAUCCCAGAGGUUCUACCAGCACACAUGACGGCGUUUGCCAAGCCGGAAGAAGACGAUCUGGUGGCUGCAACCGGGAAAGCCAUUGCGGCACUCCGGGCAAAUAAGGUGCGAACAGAAAAGUUCCACGACCAGGUCAGGAUGAUGUAUUCCUGGACAGAUGUUGCCGAAAGGACGGAAAGGGUUUACGAUGGGAUCUCAGGGGUUUUGAGCGAGGCCGACUUUUAUGGAUACGAGGCGGCCGAUGCUGCGAGCUGGAGCGCGACGCGAGGCAGGGCGGGAGUCCAGAGUUUCGCCUUGAUCGAUCGGCUGAAACGGUACUAUGGGUGCGGUAUCUGGGCUGGGAAGCUCUUCUGCCUCUGCGUGAUCGUCGACUACCUCCUCUUCCUAGUCCUCGAGUUCUGGGCGCCGCGGGAGGCUAUUGACAUCGCGAGGAACUGGCCGAAGAAACGCAAGGAAGAGCCAGAGGCAGGUGACCAUCCUACUCCUGCUUCGACAUUUAGACGGUGA